AUGGAGCUUGAGAUUCCGUAUGCGCGGCGUCCCCAUUGUUGCCGGGGUUGUUACGGCGAGCGACGGGUGGGAGGGACGUUCUGUGGCGAGCGUUACAGGGCGCUGAUGUCCCAACGCCGUCUCCCACUACAGAAGAGCCGUGAUGUGACCGUGGUGCAUCUGCCUUGA